UGCUAACUGUUUAUGGGGCAGGGGCUUCUAAAAGCCCCCCACGAGGGCCAGAAACACAAACUCCUCCCUCUUCUGCAGAGUAGGGGCCAGCCUCCAAGCAGUUUGGGACCCCUGGAUCAUCGUGGCCCAUUGCAGAGAAGUGGAUCCCGAGAUGGGGGCCAUGCUCUGCAACUAGGUGGGCUGCACAGAGCUCGACCCCAGAGCCGUCCUGCCCAAGACGAGGGAAGUGGGCUCUCUGACCCACAGCUGGAAGAUCUGAAGGUGGGAGAAGAAAAACCUGCUUCUUGUUGCUCAGUCUGCAUAAAGACUCGAUCCUUCUUGGAGGAUCUGAGCGGGAAAAGAAAGUGCAGAAGGAGCUUUCUUGGGCCUUUGAGGCCUUGCCAAGAGGGCAUCUAAUUGACUUCGGUUUCUGAGUCUCCGAGAACUCGGACCAUGCCACCCGACCCGCGUGUGUAGACGGCCUGUGUGACUCUGUAAAGACAAAGGACCCUGUGGGACCAGGCCAGCAUCUGCUUUCCUUCAGGGGCCACCCAGAACGGAGACAUCCGUGAGUUUCUCCAGCCCCUUUCCAAGCCAUCUAAGUUAGCAGCUGUCACCACAUCUUGUCGCAGUGAAUUCCAGAGGGUCGUGACGCACAGUGCCAAGGAGGAUGUGCCGGGCAGACGAGCGGAGGGGCUGCAUUGCAGCAAGGAAGGAGAGAACGAGGGGGGACGACGACAGACGUAGGCUCCUGGCAGGCCCCCGCCCAGCUAAAGGCAGACGCGGCUUCCUGGCAGCAUCUUUUGCGCCGAAGAGAAGCACCGGGGCUCUUUUCCAGAUCCUGCUGGAAGAAAUGAGGGACACGGUGAAUUCCCAGUAUGAUUCUUUCCUUUACUGGAGAAUGCCCAUCCCAGAACUGGAUCUCUCCGAACUGGAAUGCCUGGGACUGGCCGACCUGGCCCUCUACAAGCCUAAACGGGUCUACGGCAGCCUAGCGCCCGACCAGAAGUCACAGAAGCCGAGUCUGGGUGACACAGAAGAUGAGGAGAGUGCCCUUCUCCCGUUCAGCAGUUUUAAUUUCUGGAGAGCCCCGAUUGCAAGCAUCAGCCCUGUAGAUUUUGACCUCAUCUGAAGACAAGGCACGACAGUGGUGUGACAAGAAGCAGCUAGUUUUUUUAUUGCCCCCCAAUUCUCCCAACUGCAUUCUUUCUAGUGGUAUUUUCUCCUCCGUUCCCUGAAUUUUCCCGUAGUUUCUCUGUGCCUGUGUUCAAGCUUAUGUUUCUUAAUCAUUUGCCAUAAAACAAGGUGACUGUUCAAGUUGCUAUGAAUGUAUUUGCCGAAAGACUGUAUUUCCCCCAUGGAUCUGCCAGGGUCCAGGAGGGCUAGGAAUAAACAGAGCAUUUCUUUCAGUCACAGAAGGAACUCUAAGAUCAUCCUCCCCCUUUCUGUGCACAGGAACUGAUCUGCCACCAGUGUUAGCAACUAGCAGCUUUGGGCCCAAAUCCGGCCCACUAACAUUUGGCCCAUUCAGCUUUUCUCUGAGCUAGAGUCUCCUCCCAGGAGGAAAAGUGCACAUUUUGCUUUAAAAUCACCCCAAAUUGAGAGGCUAUGUGGGUGGGUGUAAGUUUUGUAGAUCCUUCCCAAAUUUGUCCUGGAAAUGGAGGAGCACAAAAGUCAAUGAAAACUGGAGGGGGGAUGUGCAAAGAUGACAACAGGGUUGUCCCUGUUAUGGGGCAACGAAACAGGCCCAGCUCAGGUGCAGAAUGUAUUGCAGGGCCAGAUUCAAGAUUAAAAUAGAAAAACAAGCGUUUUAUGGGAGGAGUUCAUAUACUCUUUUCACAAGGAUCUGAAAGAUACCAAAGAUUGAUCGUGUAUCACACCUACCUCCCCCGCACCCCAGCACAAGUCUUGGCAAAGUGCAAAUGUGUGGAUCCACAGGGUCCCUCACCUUCACAGCUGGGGGACCCAACGCUGGCUGGAGCUUAAUAUAUCAGGAGUCCGGGGGGGGGGAGUAAAAAAAAAAUUGGAUCUUGGAAGGGAGAACUGUUUGCAUCUUCGGUAAAACGGGAGUGCCCCCAGAAAUGGAAAAGGUGCUGUAGGGUGUGAAACCGAAGGGGACCCAAAUCAUUCUACAGUUCAGAUCCAGCUGCUUCACGGCCUACAAAGGUUCUCGAAAUGGUCCCAGCUCGGGAUGAUUUGGAGACCUAUGAUGGCUUACUCUUUUUCUUUUCCAAAAGUAGGGAAAUCCACGGGUUUGUUUCCCUCCUUACCUAAACUGACGCGAUUCACACACCGCGAUUCCUCUCAGAGUGAUGUGCUCCAAGUUCAGCCCUGCCUUGAAAUCAGUCCCGUCGCAAUCCUAAGGGCCACCAGAAAGACGCCAAGUCUGAAGUUCUCAGCCUCAGAUCCAACCGCAUGCAAGGGGUUUUCCGUGGCAGCAAAAAAGCCUCAGGGCCACCCUCAUGACUUGGCUCCGAGAACGUCCUUCGGUGCUCAGGCACGUGCGCAUCGCCACGGCUCACCCGUGCACUCCCUUCACGCUUGACAUAUUAGGCGUGUUGUGCUUAGAAGGAGUCGCUCCCAUCUUGGCUUCAGGUGGAAGGAUGAAGGGAAGGGCUGGGAGGCUGAAUUGGGAGGGUGGGUUGCACACGCAGACCCCGGUCCUCCUUUUCUUUCUUCCUCCGGCAAGGCAUGAAAUUGGCAUUGUUUGGGCCACGUCCAAGCGAACAGGAGCUCUUGGCCAUACCAACCAGGACUUAACUGAGCGGCUGCGUCCACACAAGCGAGGAGCCCUGUUUGGGCUCCCCUGGGCCGCUGUGUGUGGCAAACCCAGCCUGUUGGCUGCUGAGGCGGUGGCACCGUGGGGCGAAGGCAGACGCGUCGGGUGGGGACGCCACCCCGGCAGCCCUUUGUGCAGCUCUUCGGUCCUCGGGUCGG